AUGGCCGCAUUAAUCGUUGAUGGAUGUGUAAAUAUCGAACGAGAAAAAGCAAAUCUGCUUUGCUUAAUCAAAUUGACGUUGAAUACAUUGAUUGAUCAAUCUUCAUCAACACCAAUCGCGCCCGCGCUCGACGAUCGAAGUAGAGAUUUUUCGUAUGCGAGUUCUAUAGGAAGUUGGUUAACUAGUCGAUCAUAUUUCUGGGAUUUUAUUCGGCCGGCAUGUAUUGGUUCUUGUCGCCAGUCAAUUAUUGAGCGAGUGGAAGAAGUAUCGAACUCCCGAUGUGCAAGGGACAAGGGUCGAGCAUGGCUUAAAUUUGCUUUAAUGGAAAAGAAAUUAUCUGAACUUUUAAAAUUAGUCAUAUCCGAUUGUCAUCUUGUCCGAAAAUACUAUCACGAUGAUUCGAUUAUGACUUCAUCUCAAGCGUUUAUUAUAUGUGAUCAAUUAGCGGCUUUGAAUACACUAGAUUUCAGUUUUUGUUUCAAACAAGACGGCCCGAUUAUUGCGCCAAUCAUGAUGAAUGAUUCCGAAAUUGAUGUCAUCGAUCUGACGCCAUUUCUAUCUUAUAAACCCAAACAAAUGAAGCCAUUAUUCACGGGUCAGAUUAGUAAUGAAGAAAAUAAGCAACCAUCGUCGAUGAAUUCGGCAGAUUGCGAGGUGAUUGCGUUAGAGAAACACAAACUCGAAGUUGAACAGAGAAAAUAUUUUGAAGAGCUGCUCAGAUAUCGUGAUCAAGAAUUGCAUCAAUUAAAAGUUCGAUAUGAAACUCUGCAAGGUGAACGAGAAAGUGAAGUCCUACAGAUGGAAAAUAUCAUUCUUGAACUUCAACUCGAAUUACGAACUGCUCGAGAUGAAGUCGAACUUCGCCGCAAGAAAACUCAGUAUAUUGGUUCGACCACCCCACCCAAAAAUCUCUCGACAUCAGACAGUCAAAAACCCACACCUGUCAAUGAUUCUAGAACGAUCUCCAUUGAACUUGAAGAAUCGAUCAAUAAAAGGUCGUCCGCUAGUUCGAUCUAUUCUUCAUCCAAUCGUUCCAGUCAAUCGAUCACUACCACCAAUACUGAUGAUGAUCAAUAUGAACUCGUUCGUAAACUUUCCUCGAAUCUUCUCAAUCCUCAGAACGAUUUGGCCCCUGAAGUCAAAUCCCUAUCAAGUCCCGAAAUGAUUUCGUCAGUAACAUCAUUCAGCGAUGAAGAAGAUCAACAAAAGCAAGUACAAACACUAACUACAACUACUCCUGAAAAAGAAAAUACAGCUCUCAACGGAUCUAGUCAACACCUUCCUGCGAAAGUAACAGUUAAAUAA